CAAGAGAGGACUAACCGUCAAAACUACCAAAAACUUCAUAGUGAAAGCAGUCCAAGUCGUGGAAAAUGGAGAAAACAGACACUUCAAUCUUUUUCCAUUCUCCACCCAAUCCCCAUGGCGGAGAAAGCGGAGUCAUUUCCGAAGACUCUUACUCCCAGUUUUCAUCCAUAAUUCCAAUUCUCGCCGGCUCCAUCUGUCCUCUUCUUCUCACCUCCUCUUUUUCAUCAAAAUUUAUUCUCUUCCCAUCAUCGCCAUCUCUCCUUUCUCUCCUUCCUUACUAUGUCAUCUUGCUGUUCCCGCAGAAGAAUCACCGGGGAUUCCCACAGAUUCUAUGGGGUGUGUUCAGACUAAACCUUCCGUCUACUCCCCACCUGAGGGGCUUGUCAAGCUGAAACUGCAGAAUGGGUAUGCGAAGAGAGGAUAUGGAGGAAGACCCAUCCGUCAUAAGCCACCAGAGAAGCUGAAUGGGAAGAGCGCCGAUACGCUUGUGAACUGUGGCGGUGGUGGAGGAGGAAAGGAGAUGGUUGGCAGAGAAGAUGAGAAUAAGCUUAAUGGCGGUGGUGGGAAUGUUUCUCAGAGGAUUACAGUGAAGAGGAUUGGAGGAGACGAGCUGGUUGAUGGGUGGCCCAAGUGGCUUGUCGACAACAUCCACAGAGAUGCUUUGGUAGGCUUGGUUCCCAAAAGUGUCGAUUCCUAUGAGAAGCUUGCCAAGGUAGGCCAGGGAACAUACAGCAAUGUGUACAAAGCUCGGGACAGAGAGACUCGGAAGAUUGUUGCUUUGAAGAAGGUGAGGUUUGAUACAUCAGAGGCCGAGAGCGUGAAGUUCAUGGCAAGAGAGAUUAUGAUACUGCAGAAGCUUGAUCACCCCAACAUCAUCAAGCUUGAAGGACUGGCCACAUCCAGAAUGCAGUAUAGUCUUUAUCUGGUUUUCGAUUUCAUGCCAACUGACUUAACCAGAAUCAUUUCCCGCCCAAACGAGAGGCUAACUGAACCACAGGUGAAGUUCUAUAUGCAGCAACUGCUAGCAGGCGUCCAGCAUUGCCAUGAGAGGGGGAUUUUACACAGAGACCUUAAAGGAUCAAAUUUGUUGAUAGACAAAAAAGGGGUGCUCAAGAUUGCAGAUUUUGGGCUUGCAAAUUUUCUACACCCAAAACCAAAGAAGCCCCUUACAAGUAGAGUGGUGACACUUUGGUACAGAGCUCCAGAGCUGCUGUUAGGUUCUACUGACUAUGGAGUUGGUAUUGAUCUUUGGAGUGUGGGUUGCCUUCUUGCAGAAAUGUUCACUGGAAGGCCUAUCAUGCCUGGUAGAACUGAGGUAGAGCAGCUUCACAGGAUUUUUAAGUUGUGUGGGUCUCCCUCGGAGGAUUACUGGAAAAAGUUGAGGCUACCAACAAGCUUCAGACCACCUCAACAAUACAAACCUAGUUUUCAAGACGCAUUCAGGGAUUUCCCCUCUUCUUCUUUCGCUCUCUUGACCUCCCUUCUCGCUCUGGACCCUGCCUUUCGAGGCAGUGCCGCGACCGCUCUUGAAAGCGGGUUCUUUACUUCGAGCCCAUUGCCGUGUGAUCUUUCUGGCCUACCCGUCGUCGUCUACAAAGAGGCCGAUGAGCCAUCUCAAGCCAAUAAGAGGAAGAACAGACACAGGACUUCGAGAUCGAGGCAACAGUCUCGAACAUAUAAUGAAGGGAGUAGGAAAAAGGAUCCGAUUGCAGAAGAAGCUAAAGGAGAUUCAGGAACUUCUUCAAAGCAGGAGAAGAGCACAGAUCCAAACAGCCAAGAGACAGGCAACAGCUCCAGCAGCAGAUCCAGUAGCUCAAAGCCAAUGAAGCAAGAAGGCCACUUGCCUCUCUCCCUUUCUCCAGCCCUUCAAUCUCAUGGUAAGAGAGCCCCAAAAACCGAGGGCCAUCCUAAUGCUACCAAGAACAUCAAGAACCUGCCCUUAUUAUAUAAUAGCUUCCAGACAGACAGUAGUAAUACCAGCCGGGAUGAAGGCCCCAGACUGACUUUCAAUUAUAGGUCUCUCUCCACCUUGGAUUUCCGAACACUUGAUACUGCGAAGAUAGCUAAACUCUUUGCCCCGGAUAAAGAUAGCUAAACUGUUGAGUCUCAACUCUUUCUUUUCUGAACUGAGCUAUUAUGAAUAAAGGAAUACGUUUUUGUUGUUUUUGUAA